AUGGGCGAGUGGGAAUGCCCUGGCUAUGAGACUGCUGCACCAGGUUGGGGCCACGUUGCAGUCCCCACGGUCCGUUAUGGAUUGACAUGUCCGUAUCGCCCGCCAAAGUGUCUGCACACCGAGAUCCGGGACGUGGCAUCUCGGGUCUGUCUGAAGGAAGUUUUAGGAAAAGAACAGAACAUUUCAUCACAAUUUCAUCUUGGUCAGGGACAUCGCAGUGGCCUGCCAUCCCAAAGGAGGGCUGCUCUCAAGGACCGAGUGACGUGGAAAAAGGGAGCCCCCAGGCCCAGCGGCUCCGGAAGCCUUUGCUCGCCAGCCGCCUGGGUUGGCUUUCAGAAAUGCUCAGAUUCCACUGGACUCGGCUGUGACAGCCCAAAGGUGUGGUCCACUCGUGGGGAAGAGCGAGGACUCAGAACUGUUGCCCAUCCUGGCGACGUGGUGGCUGUGUGCACUGCCCUAGGAGUCCGCAGGCCAUCGGCUCUCUGCACACACCCCCACCAGAGCACACGCCUUCCCAGACCUACGACCCCUGCACGUGCCCUCCAGGCAGCAGGCACUGCCACCUUCCGCCACCUUCUCUGGGCUCAGCGGGGCUGUGGACAUGGAGGAACCACGCAUCCAGCAAUCCGGGCCAUUUCAUUGAGUCAUGUAUGGACCUGCCCCCUGGAGAAGAGAGGUGAGUGUGUGUUUCACAUCUGGAAUUCGAUGAACACGCUCAGGAUGAAGGUCAUCAUAACCUUCCUUGACCCUGCUCCUUCCUGCGGCUCCAAAAGGCCUCCCCCGGUGAGGUCCACAGCCCUGCUGCGGGCCCUGCACCUUCUCUUUCUUCUUAAUCCGCCUUCUGCCGCCGGCUCUGCCCCCACCGCUCUGUGACAUGUUAUCUCGCUGGCCACUAAUGACCUCCUUUAUUUAUUCAUUCAUUGAUUUUGUAUUAAAUCUGUUUAAUAUCUUUAAUCAUUCCACUAUUUCUGCAUCCUUCCACUAAAGGGCCUUACAGUUCUUCAGUUUAUCGCAAGCACAUCUUUGAAAAAGCCAGCCCUGGCGUUGAAGCUGUAAUGCAUGUUUACUUAUUGGCACUCUACUGCGAAGCACCCUGGGGACCAUCUGGUUGCAACGCGUGGCAUCGUCUCGCUCAGGGUCCUGUUGUGCGGGGCCGUAUGGCAGGUGCGCACUCGCCGAACCUCAGA